UGAAGAAAUUUUCAUCUUCUCGGUACAACCACCAACACGGCCUUUCCUCUACUUCGUCUUGAGCCUUAAUCAUUGAGUUGAGCUCGUCAUCUUUUCAACUCGUUCAGUUGCAAGCCAGGUCUUCUGUUAAGCUCUUCAUUCUUCGGUCCAGUCAUACUCGAUACUCGACACGUCACUAAGCACUGAAAGUCCCAGUCUUGCUCAUGAAUCGCCAUCAUCCAUACGGAAGUUAUGAAAGUCACCGUGGGGGUCCUCAAGGAGGUCCUGGUCCCGACAGAUCUCAUAGAGGUGGGAAUCGCGGCCGUGGUGGCUUCAGUCGUGGUAGAGGCGGGGGAGGCGGAUACUACAAUGGAGCUGGUGGAGGGGGCGGAUAUGACGGGAAUAUGAGCUAUAAUGCUUAUGAUCAGGCGCCCGACGCUGCUGCUUCAUACAGUGGAUAUGAACAGCAAAACGCAAAUUAUUUCAAUAACAACGGCUACGGUACCACUUCCUCAUCGCAAUAUGGUGCCGGAGGAUUCAACCAGGGUUAUAGCAAAUUUGAAGACGGACCAGGUACAGAUGAAGACACUUUUGGUCGCAUGAAAAAGCAAGUCCGUAAAGAUCGAGAUGACAAAGUUCACGAUUCGAUCAUUGAAGAACGCAUUCAACGAGAGCGCCCCUGUCGAACACUCUUUAUUCGUAACAUUAAGUAUGAGACAAACAGUGCCGAUGUCCGCCGUCAGUUCGAAGAACACGGUGAUAUUAGAACAUUCUUCGAUCUUAUUUCAACGCGGGGGAUGGUUUUUGUCACAUACUACGAUCUGCGUGCAGCAGAACGCGCCCGAGAGCGCUUGCAAGGCUCGGAAAUCAGCGGACGUCCGAUCGAUGUUCAUUAUUCACUGCCACGAGAUGACCGGGAUAACGAAAGGAAUAUGCAAUUCCAAGGUUGUCUACAAGUUACCUUAAAAAAUUCACUCUCUGGAAUGCCUGUCGACGACAACGAAGUUCGUCGAAAGUUUCAACAAUUUGGUGACGUGAAAUCUAUUCAAUCUGUUGGAGAUCGGAUAGAUUCUCGGUAUGUAGAGUAUUAUGAUACUCGGGCUUGCGACGAAGCAUACGACCGCCUGCGGCAUCAAGGUUUGCAAGACGGUGUGAUGGACAUCGUUUUCGCCUGGGACGUGAAUGAGGGCGGUGCCCAAGGCUCACAAAGGUCUAUUUGCGCUUUCUUCACUUCCUGCUUCGACGAUGUCCUGAUUUUCAACCACAGACGAGGGAACAGAGGCGGUGGCAGUAAUAGCGGUGGGGGAGACGGUGAUUAUAAUGAAUGGGAUGAUGGCGGGAGGAGAGGUCGUGGUGCCAGAGGUGGACGAGGGCGAGGUCGCGGUCGCGGAAACUACGAAGACGACUUUGAUCGAGGCGGAAGUCGAGAUCGAGACCAACGUGGGCGAGGACGUUAUGAUGACGACUAUGGCGCUCGUCGUAGUGGUGGUGGUGGUGGUGGCCCUAAUAACAGCUACAACGAUCGUUACGAUCGUGGUACGGGAUAUGGGCCUGGAGCAGAAACUGGAGGAGGGUAUUCUGUGCCUACCUUUAGUCAACCUCCUCCCCCUACACCUCCUGCCGGUAUGGCAGCAGCUUCGCCCGCUACUACUGACGACCGUCUGGAACAAGCUCGCAAGGUUCAACAAUUACUUGCAGCCCUUAAGCAACCUGCCGGAGGACCUGCACCAUCUAAUUUACCUCCGACCGGAAACAUGCCAGGCAUGCCUUCUUCUAUGCAAGCACCUCCAUCUGGAGGUCCGGGCUUCUAUUCUCAACCCCCGCCUACGGCUUCGAUGGUUCAACCUCCUUUCUCGAGUAUGAUGCCACCUUAUGGUGUUCCACCUCCAGCUUCUUCGUCGACACCUCAGCCUCCGUCUGCGGCUAGUGUUGCACCGCCCGCCGCACUCAGCGGACUGCCCCCGAAUAUCCUAGCCCUUAUACAGUCUGCCCAACAAGGUUCGGGUCCCGUUUCCGGUGUACCACUUCCUGGCAUGUCCGGACCUCCGCCCCCUGGAGCUUCCGCGUAUGGAAUGCCUCCGCCGCCGAUGAUGGGUUCUUCUCCCGCAAACGGAUCAGGGGCACCUAUCAACUAUCAGCAAUUCAUGCCUUACCUGCAACCAGCAAAACGCCCUUGAUAUUGUGGCAAUGUACGCAACAUGGACGUGCUGCGAAGCACGCCCAAACUUGGAAUUUGAAGGGAUCGAGAUUGUCGUUUUCUUCGUUGUUGUUCUAUUCUCACUGUGUCAUUUUCUGUAAUUUAAAUUUAUGUCUCUCGCUUUACUGACAUACUCAAACGUUCUCGUAUAAAAGGUG